UGCACCCUCAAGGACCUAUGACUCACUCACAGAGGAUUUUAGUUAUGCCUUAUUGCUCAUUACAAUUGUUGCACUGAUUGCUGCAAUUUUUGUGACAUGGAUUAUGUCAGAGAGGAAAGAGUUGCAAGAGAAGUGGAGGACACUGUGAGUGUGAAGUACCAUCUUCUGUCAGCAUCCGUUGUCGUCCUCCUCCACCAUGUGAAACUGCUCAGUUCAUCAGAGUAACAUCUUCAUCUUCCUCUCUCCUUCACUUCAAUUACUCUGCUAGUAUUUCAGAACCCACAAACACUGCUGGAUUCCUCCUGUACCCUAAACCAUGAAGACUCACCACCCAAAACCACGCCCACUAUUCUCCUGUGGCUUCUUUCGUCACUGCACUCAAACAGUGCUCAGUCCCACAGCCCCUCAUUCUCCUUCUCUCCCACUCACCUCAUCUGCCUCACCACCACCACCACCUCCACCUCCACCUCCACCACCCCUUCCUCCGCCUCCACCCCCACUGCCUUCUAAUCCACAUCCUGAAUCCUCCUCCUCUUCCUCAUCCACUUCACAAAGUUUCACUCAGUGGAAGUUUCCUCUCCCAACCUCGCCUCUUCAUCCCCAACGCCACAUAUCCGACCCGAAACCCGAUCUCUCUAGCCCGGGCGACCCGUUACCGAUAUCGCUACCGAUUCCCUUCACCAACAUCCAUGAAGUCUUCCACGUGGCCGAGCUUCAGCUUAUCGGCGCUGAGACUGACUCCGACCUACUCUCCGCUCUCCAUCUCCUUGAGCGGUCACUCGUCCCGAAUCCAUCUUCGGACCCGGUUUGCCCGCCGAAUUUGAUGCUUGGAGUAGUUAAAAAUUUAAGAAGCGAGGCGGGGGCAAAACCGGCAACAAAAAUUUUACUAGCACUUUGUUUGGCCGAGUGCAACCGCCUGGUGGCAGUAGAGGCCGGGGCAGUGGGGGCGGUGGUAGAGACUGCGAUGGAGCUUGAAGCGGCUUCGGCAGAGCGAGCAUUGGCGGCAUUGGAACUAAUGUGCACGCUGCUGGAAGGAGCAGCGGCGAUGCGGGUCCACGCGCUUGCGGUGCCGGUGAUGGUGGCAAUGAUGGGGAAAAUGGGCGGGAGGGGGAAGGAGUACGCUAUGAGUGUGCUUGCCGUGAUUUACGGUGGUGGAGGCGGAGAAAAUGAGGAGACUGCGGUGACUGCUCCACCAGAGGAGGUGGCGCGUGCAGUUGUGUUGGCAUUACAAGGGGAGAGUACUCAGAGAGGGAGGAGGAAAGGGGCCCACCUAUUGAAGGUGCUAGAAGAGUAUGGACGGCCAGAUUUGACCGAGAAUGGGCAUAUGAUUUGACUGUUACAUGUUUGACUCGUUUGUUGUGUUGUUGUUCCAUGUAUUCCCCGCAGUCGAGCUCUGUGUCUCACUCUAGGGUUACAAGCUCAAAGCUGCAUAAUUGAGCGUAGAAUUUGAAUAUGAAUCUGUGUGUUAAUCAAUGAUUUUGUAGAAACCGCAUAAAGCAAAUAUGAUUUAACUUUUGAUGAAUAA